GUCCACCCGCCGUUCUUUUAGCGGCCGCAUUCUGGGCGGUGUCCGAUUGGUUGGUGGGAGCGGAAGUGCGCGCUGAUUGGUGGAGGAGGAGCGAGUUUGAAACAUUCAAAACGGAGUGCGGGAGCGAGGCGGAACGGCGGGCGGACACAGCGGGAGCGGGACAGGAGCGGACCGAGACCGAACCGGACCGAGAGCAGAGGGACCCCACGAGCGGCCCGGAACCGCCAUGGCCUCACAGAACGCCGACCCCGCCGCUGUGCCCAGCGCUGCGGCCCGCAAAGGGGCUGAGGCGGGAGCGACGGCUGCACGGGGCUCCGUGGGGAAGAGGCUGCAGCAGGAGCUGGUGUCGCUGAUGAUGUCCGGCGAUAAAGGCAUCUCCGCCUUCCCCGAGUCCGACAACCUGUUCCGUUGGAUCGGCACCAUUGACGGCGCUGCGGGCACGGCCUACGAGGAGCUGCGCUAUAAGCUGUCCCUGGAGUUCCCCAGCGGGUAUCCCUACACCGCGCCCACCGUGCGCUUCCUCACGCCCUGCUACCACCCCAACGUGGACGCUCAGGGCAACAUCUGCCUCGACAUCCUGAAGGAGAAGUGGUCGGCGCUGUACGACGUGCGCACCAUCCUGCUGUCCAUCCAGAGCCUGCUGGCAGAGCCCAACAUUGACAGCCCGCUGAACACACACGCUGCUGAGCUGUGGAAGAACCAGGCUGCCUACAAGAAGUACCUGCGGGAGAUGUAUGGCAAGCAGGCUAAGAACCAGGAGACCUGACCCCCACCACGCCGCCCCCUUGCCCCUAUCUGCUGCGCCUUUCUGUAUUAUAGGCUGUUUUUAACUUAAUUCUGGAGUGUGAGCUACGGUUAAUGUAUAAAUAAAUGCAUGUCUAUAAGUUC